AAUAGCGUUGACAGUUUCAGGGAGGAGGUGCUAUUAAAAUCCCAUAGGAACAAAUGCUCUCUCCAGUGAAGCCCCAUUCACUUUUCUCAACAUGGCGAUGAAUGUAGUAGGAAAUCCUCAGAAGGGAAUCAGAGCCUCUCUGAUGAUGUUGAUGACUCUCUACGAAUAUCUGAAUUCCCGCAUCCCGUGCCGGUUAUGAUGUUGGAAAAAUGGACAAGUUUUCGACCAGCAUUUCCGAGAUCAAAUGGAGCGCGGUGUCCUUGCCUUUGGAUGUAAUAGUCAGUAAAUUCAUAUUGCCAACUCUGGUGCGGCUCAGCCAAGGGGAUCAUGUGGAGGGCUUGACAGAGCAGGAUGUGAUUCUGAUUCACUCCUGCAGACAAUGGACCACUGUGACUGCACACAGCUUGGAAGAGGGGCAUUAUGUCAUUGGUCCUAAAGUUGACAUCCCAUUGCAAUAUCCAGGGAAGUUUAAACUGUUGGACCAAGACCGGGAUGUGAGAGAGCCUGUCCAGUACUUCAGUAGCGUGGAGGAAAUAGCCAGUGUAUUUCCAGAGAGAGUCUUCGUGAUGGAGGCCAUUACUUUUAGUGUAAAGGUGAUCUCUGGUGAGUUCAGCGAGGACAGUGAGGCAUACAACUUCACCCUCCACGCUGGUGACGAGCUGACAUUGAUGGGCCAAGCCGAGAUCCUGUGCGCCAAGACGGUGAAGGAGAAGUCCCGAUUCAACAGCAUUCUGCGCAAGCUGGGCAAGACCAACACACUGAGCAAGCAGGUGAAGGGCAAGAUGCCCUGUCUGAUCUGCAUGAACCACCGGACCAACGAGAGCCUCAGCCUGCCCUUCCAGUGCAAAGGCAAGUUCAGCACCCGCAGCCCCUUGGAGAUCCAGAUGCAGGAGGGAGAGCACACUAUCCGCAGCAUUAUCGAGAAGGUCCGUCUGCCAGUAAACGUGGUGGUACCUACUCGGCCGCCCAGGAACCUCUACGACCUUCACGUCAUACGGGAAGGUCACCGCUACAAGCUUGUCAGCAUUAUCUCCAAGACUGUCGUCCUGUGCUGCAUCCUUCGCAAGGAGGUGGCCCCGUUUCACUUUCUGCUGCUUACGGACAUGCCCCGUUUCCUGCUGCCCGAGGGCCUCCUUCAUGGGGACCCCAUCUUUGAGACAGUGGCUCAUGAGAUCUCCCUGUACUGCCAGGAGCGAUUCAACCCCGACGAGUACUCCAAGGCAGUGAGGGAGGUGAAAACGGACUUCACAGAGGAGGGCACCAGCCCCAGGCGGAUCCGGGUGUGCCUGCAGGACUUUACUUCUAACUCCCUGAACUAUGCCCAUGAGGAGCUCACCCAGUCCUUUCAAAGGCUCUCUUUGUGCGUUUACAGUGGCAUGCUGAUGCAUGCCAAUGGUAAUCUCCAGUCUCAGAGCUGUAGGGACUCUCUGGGGGAGCACCAGAUCAUGCCCCAUGAACUCUUGACACCCUCGGAGGUCAGUGAGGCCGAAAGGGAGUAUGUGACUCCUGAAUGGGCAGAAAACGAGUUUCGAACUGUGGAGCAACUUGAAAUCCCCUAUGAGGAAUUAUGGACUAAUCAGAACCCUGAGAAUUAUUCAGAAGCCAGUGGAAACCCACAGGUGCAGAAAUGUGGGGGCAAAGGAGACCAGAAUCUUAUUUCUUUCCAUUCUUCAACUUCAUCUUUAGAGGAACCCGUGGGAUCAUCUCACAUCGCUGUAUUGCAAAUAGAGGAGAACAAACGUGUGCCAACUCCGCCCCCUGUACCCCCCAAAUCAGAAGCUGUGAAAGAGGAGUGUCGCUUCUUAAACGCUCCCCCCGUUCCUCCGAGAGGCAGUAAAGCAGUCCCUGCUCCCAGCCCUCCAGUGCCCCCUCGCUUUCCGAAGACCCAGCUCCAGCAAGCACAUAUCCAACCGGCCCAUUCACCAAACCCCAGUCUUUCAUACUAUUCCUCCGGGCUCCACAACAUUUCUGGAACUCGCAGUGGUAGCUGUUCACCUUCUCCAGACUCUUACUCCCUCUACUGUUACCCGUGUAACUGGAGUGACUGCAAAGCCUUUGAUACGUCCACACGACAACUUCCUGGCAGCAACGGGGCCCCUGGCAUGCAGCCAGCGCAAACUUCACGGUCGGACCCUUGGGCCUAUACAGACACUAUGCCCAGUGUGGCCAGUGGGCGUUCCACCCCCCUCCUCAGCACCGACACCUACAAAAGCUAUUACAGCUGCCCUAGGCUGAAGCCUCCUCACUCUCAGAAACGUUUUGCUCCUUUUGGGGCACUGAACCCUUUCGCUAACCCUGGAUACUCCAGCAGCCCUUCCUCGUCCCCAGCCGAAUGGUUGGAGCCAGGGGACUGUCAGAAAUCUCCUUCCCUUGCCUCUGAACCCACUGAUCCUUUCGACCCACCCAACAGCCGGAGCACCUCUCCAGAUAUUGCUUCUCUCAACUCGGGAGACAUGAGGUUCGAUCAGGACCUCUGGAACCGCCAUGCAGAACAAAUUUACAAGUCUGGCGAUGGUGGGAUAUGCGCUGUCCCACCACCUCGGCCACCUAAGGGCUUUGAGUCUGAAAACAUAAUCAUAAGAAGCACAGCUCCACUCUCCCCCACCAUUGUGAGGGGCGCGGAAGGUGGCAUCACCAGGGUUUACCUCACCCAAGGGGUAAUUGAGGUCCCACCUGUAUCUACAAGAUGCAGCCCCGAGACUCCUGUGUCAGCCUCUUCCCCCCUCGCGUCAGGUAUGGCCCGAGCUAAUGGGGACGGAUCCGCAUGGCAGCCCCCUUCAGACAUCUCAACACUCUCUGUGGAAGAGGUUUCCAAGUGCCUGAGGUUUAUAGGCCUCUCAGAAGAUGUGGUAACUUUUUUUGUCCGUGAGCGCAUUGACGGGAGCAUUUUCGUGCAGCUGAAUGAGGAGAUUCUCUCAGACGACUUCAAGCUGACAAAGCUGCAGGUCAAGAAAAUCAUGCAGUUUAUUAAAGGCUGGAGGCCAAAAAUAUAACGCUCCACUCAUGUGUGAGGCUUAUAUUUGUGACUUGUGUUUGGGACCAAGGUUGAUCUUCCUGGAGAUAGAAUGAAGAUACUGUACUACAAAAGAAAACAAUAUUGGGUAAGGAGGGAUGGACAUACGGUUGGAGGGAGGAAGGGAUAAAGGAAUGUGAGAUUUGAAUUAGUACAAACCUGAAUUUAGAGUUUCAGUGUCUUGUUGGAAUACUACUGAAGAUUGAAUGUUUAUGACUUUGGUACUUUGUAUAUCUUCAUCUAUCCAGCUCAAAUCCAGGCAGAAUUGAAAUGUAUCCUAGUUUUGUAUAUUAAAUCUGAAGUUCCUGUCUCGGUUAACAUUCUGCAUGACACUUAGAGUAACAUACAUAAUUAUGAUUCCUAUGGGAAACUACUCGGUUCUGAACUAUUGAAGUUCUCAACAUUCUCAGCUCAUACCUUUGGGUUCUGCACAGUAGGUCUGUCUACAGGCUGAGAAAGCAAGCGCAAGGUGGUCUUGGUGGCAGAGUGGGAUAAUGCACUUCCCUUUCAGCGUAGCAGACCUGGAUUCAAAUCUGAUUUAUUUCACAAAUUGAGAGUUUCCUGCCCACAUCACAAAAUCAAACACACAAUUUAACUCUAAUGUCACUAGGUAGUUUUGCAUACAAAUAUAUAACUGAAAGAAAAGCCAUGGAUUGGGUGGGCAUGGAGACUCAUCUGCUCCCUUAUCCCCAGAAAGGGUGGUUCUUCUUGGCUGGUUUGAGGCAUGCCUGCAGGGACAGUGUAGGGAAGCUCACAUUGUCACUGCCUGUGCUUUACUCCUUUGUGAUAGAGAGGAAUUCACUCUCCAUUCCAGCCCCUUUGAUGAUCACCAAAAGAUUCACAUUUUCAAGCAAUGUCAGCUUAAUCAUUUCUGUGGCUUUGAAAUCCCAGCUGCCUUAAGCUUCUUUAUUCUGCAUACCCAAAUUCAACUUAAUGUACUGGGUAUGUGCUUCUCAUGUUAAUAACACCUUUAACAUUGUGAUUCCUAGUUUACUGCUUAAAUGUGCUAAGUAACUUGUACCCUGUGCCACAUCAAUACAGCAACACAUAUCACCGUGCAGUUUAAAGAACAGCCACCCAAGAUGCUACUGUGAGCAAUUAUAGAAUGAAAUAAUGUACAAGAAAGAAACCAUGGUAAUGGAAAUUACAGUAGUCAUUUGUUUCAUUUCUAAGAAUCUGCUGAACAUGUGAUUUGCUUUCCCUGUAACCAUGGUACAGAAACACAGGUUUCUGAAAUGAAGCAAGUAUUCUAGCAGAACAUGCUUUGGGUUAUGUAGAGGCAAGAGGCACAUGUUUGGCCAUUCCCAUUCAGCUUUGAUAUUCAUGGUAUUUUAAGUAGAGAAGAGGUUUGCACACGCCACCCACUAGAAUGCAAUUUAUGAGCUAAUCAGUGGGAUAUGUGUGUAGGUGUACAGUAUUGAUAACGAUCUAUGUUUAUUGGAUAGGUUACAUCAACCAUAGCUUAGACAGACAAUGUUUAAGUGUCAGUAAUGCCAAAAGCCUGACAGACUAUGACAUACACCACUCUAGCAAGCUCACCUUAAAUGUACUUUUAAAUCCUGUAAAUGUGCUGCCACAACAUGAGCUCAAAUAAAAUUCACCAAAUAUGUACUAAAACAAAGCUCUCUCUCCCACUAAAAUUAAGAUUGGUCUUAUUUUCCUUGCUAACCAAUUUUGCAGUACCAGUACUAGUGUCAUUUUUUUUUUUAAAACUAGAGCUUAGAUGAAUUCAAAUGACAGCACUACAGCCAUUAGAAAGUAUAGUGAUGGCUGUCCCAUCAGUUGUAUUUAAUUCAGACCUAGGUACCUUAUCAUUUAGCAAUAUGCUGUAUAUUUCACUCUAUGUCACCGGCUGCACCGACUUUACAUGCCAGGGAUAAAGUCAUAAGAAGCUUAUAUUCAAGAUGCAAAAUUGAAACUUUUUUUAAUCUAUAUCUGAUAAUGUGCAUUGUUUGGGAGAUUUAUUGAGAAGCCACCAUCUUAUAAAACCCUAAUCCUUUUUACUAGUAACUCUGGCCUUUUAAUUCUUAAUGACUCACAGGCCAUGCUGGUCUUGUAAAACUACCACAUGGAACACAUUCAGACAACUACCUACAGUAAGAACAAUCUCUUCAUUUUUAAACUUUGCUAUUAAUGAAAAGGCUUUACUUAACAACCAUCCCUACUCUUGCGUACCAGUGAGGCUACUAGCUUCUGAAAAUACUCCUCUGGGAGGUAUGACAGAAUUUUUUUUUUUACUUUGUGUGUUUAUGGGUUUGUGUAUGUGUGGAAGGUCAGUUAAGGUAGAUCGAAUGAGAGGACAUGAAGCACAAGCGUUUCAAAUAACAAACACACAAUGAUUGAAAAGAGAAAACAGACUGGCAGGUAUAGUUCAACCUUAAGCAGCUUCUUUUCUCUCUCAAUCUUUCUACUACCAUUAAACAAGUGACUACAAGGGGUGUGUUGAGGACGAAAAAAGGAAACAACUAUACAAUAUAGAUAACUCCAGGUUAGUAUAUAAAUACAAAAGCAGCUCAGAGCUCAAACAUUUUAAGAAAGGCAAGUCCAACAAAACUGUCCACGUAGUUCUGCAUCAACGCCCUUUCUCCCCUCCACAAAAAACAUGCCUCACAGUCAUGUAGUCACACAGGUGUAACAUAUUGAUAAUACCUAAAACUUCUCUUUGUACACAAGAAAAAAAGUCUAUUUUAAAAUGAAAUGGCUACCAGAUGUUAAGCACAAAGUAUAAUUUGUAGAAGAUUUUGGGGGUGGGGGGGGCAAUAUUGUUUAUCAAAUCUCUUGGGAGCUCCACAAAUAAAAUAAAGGGCAGAUUUUAAAUGGCGUGGAAGAUGAUGGAAUUGCUUGGUUGCUGAUUUUCCAGUUCUGGGUUUGAUGUGGCUGGGCUGACUAUCACAAACACAUUUACACUAAUCUUACAUCAGAGUAUAUUAACUGUUGAGUUAAAUACAUUAUAAAUAUCCUGUAAAGAUGUGUGAAAUUGUAGUAAAAGUUUAGGGUCCAACAGCAAGUACUUCUCCUUGAAACCCCUGCAGAUCCAAUGUCAUGUUCUGCUUUCAAAAGUAGUACUCCAGUUCAAGCUUUGCUUCAGCAGUUUGGAAACCCAUUACCUCUGUGAAAAUCUAAAUUAAAAGGCAUCAUUAGGCUGUAACUAUGCUGACUUUCUAUCAAGGUACAACUUCAAGUUGCCUUUUGUACAUUGUUCUGAAGAAGCCUGUAAUUAAGCACACUAUUAAAAGACUGUAAUUUGA